AUGUCUAACAAAAAAGGCAUCUCACCCUGGCAAUCCAUCCUCGCCGGUGGAGCAGCCGGAGGCACAGAGAGUCUACUCACCUAUCCCACCGAAUACCUCAAAACCCGCCAACAACUCCCCAUUCCAGGCAGCACCCGCCAAUCCCUAAUCUCCCUCCUCACAAGCACAAUCCGCCACCAUGGCCUCCGCACCCUAUACACAGGAAGCGGUGUAUUCUGCGCCUCUAACGCCUCGAAAUCCGCCAUCCGGUUCUUCGCCUUCGACAGCGCCCGAAAGCUCAUGCCCACCGACCCACACGGGAAGGUGGCACCCCUAGGCAACAUGUGCGCAGGCUUAGUCGCCGGCAUCGCAGAGGCCGUGGUAGUCGUGACGCCUGGCGAAACGAUCAAAACGAAGAUGAUCGAUGACCGGGCGGGACCGAGACGUUACCGCUCGACGGCGCAUGGGAUCGGGUCGAUAGUGUCGCGAGAGGGACUGCCGGGUCUGUAUAGGGGUGUUGUGCCUGUGACGUUGAAGCAGUCGGCGAAUGCGAUGGUGCGGUUCACGAGCUAUAAUUUUAUUUUGAAUCAAUUGACUGCAGUCAUGAUAGGUGAGGGGACACAGCAGGGAUGGCGCAAGUCGAUGAUCACGGUGGUUGCGGGGGCGUUAGCUGGCGUAGUUACGGUUUAUGUGACGAUGCCGUUUGAUACGAUCAAGACGAGGUUGCAGGCGGGGGAUGCGCGUCAGCAGUAUACAGGGUCGGUGGACUGUUUGCGGUCGGUGGUCGUGAAGGAGGGAGUUUCGGCGUUGUGGAGAGGGACGACGCCGAGGUUAGUGAGGUUGAGUGUCUCGGGGGCUUUGAGCUUCUCGAUAUAUGAGUUUGUUUUGCAAUGGACGUCACCAUAUGCAGUGCCAGAGCGACGUCAGGGACUUGCCUGA